GCUGACUUGCUGGCGUUUCCAACACUAUUUAACCAUCUGUAUUUCGCUCAUUCUUGUAACGUUCUGUAGCCUUCUUGAAAGGACUGAAUCUCAUCAAGUUCAUCAUCUUUGACUAUUUUCCGUCUUUGACUGUUUUCCAUCGCGGAUUUCCACAUCUACCAGAUCCUUCACGUUUGACCACUUCCCACAAGACAAUCCAUACCAAUGUCUCCUACGUUCUUUGUCUGCGGUGCUACCGGUGCCCAAGGAGGAGCAAUCGCCAACCAUCUCCUCCAAAAGCAAGCCAACGUCCGCACCACCACCCGAAACCCCGACUCAGAGAGCGCCAAAGCUCUCCAGUCCCAGGGCGUAUCCAUCACCAAAGGCGACUGGGACGACGAGCACGCCCUCAAGGAGGGCAUCAAAGGUUGCACAGGUCUCUUCCUCAACACGUUCCCCAGCCUGCAAAACCCAGUCCUGGAGCUGGAGAGAGCCCGCCUGAUCCUCACCAUCGCCAAAGAAGCGGGCGUCAAACACGUCGUCUACUCGAGCGCCUUCGCCAUCCACGAACCAGAGCGCCUCGACCACUGGGACGCCAACAGCCAAGCCGCCGGAAUACUCCUUCAAAAACAGGCGGUCGAAAAGGCUGUCCGCAGCGCGGGGUUCGAGUUCUGGACGCUCAUGCGUCCCGGCUUCUUCAUGACGAAUUUCCUGCCCCCCACGGUGAUGUUCUACGGCAACAUUCCGGCGACCGGCAGCAUGGUGUCGGCUAUGACGCCGGAGACGUUGUUGCCUUUGGUGGAUCCGAAUGAUAUCGGGAAGUUUGGCGCCGCGGCGCUUCUCGAGCCUGCUCGGUUCAAUCACGCCGAGCUCACCCUUUCGGGCGAGUUGAUCGGCGUGGAUGAUAUUAUGAAGGCGCUGUCGGAUCUGACCGGGAGAGACUUAAAAGCAGUUUAUCUGUCCGAAGCGGAGAUUGAGGAGCAGAGCGCCAAAAACCCGAUCUUUGUUGCGCAGAAGAUGAUGCGGACGAUGUCACAGUUUCAUGACUCGGAGCUGUCCAAGACGUGGGGGAUACCGACGGGGGAUUUUGCAGAGUUCUUGGAGAGAAAGAAAGCGAAAUUUGUGGAGGUGUAUAGCCAGGAUUACAAAUAGGGCGGGGUUGAUCAGUUGCGGUCUAUGUAGUAACUACGGGGUAUCUGUCAGAUCAAUCCAUUUCUUGUUCUGCGGACGGUCUUG